GCCAACUCCCUCCCCUGGGUGUCCCAGACCCCUUCCAACCCAACUGAAGCCCUUUCACAAUCAACUCUUGUAAGAAAUCGUAUAGCCUGUCAUCAAGGAAGCUCGCCAACUCCACUUUUUCAAACAGUUGCUGCGUUAGCAAAGGGUACAGAGCGAAUGGCACAUGAGAUGACCCUUUUGUCUGCUGAGGUCCGUACCCUUCGCGCUGCAAAUGAAGCCCUAAGUAAACGCCGUAGGGCUAAAAAGACUCGUGUCCGCCAAGGAGGGGCACUUAUAGUAGAGGAUGUGCAGGAUAUGUUAGCUCAGGAGGAUGUAGAUGAGCAAGUACGACGCGACAUGCGUGAGGCGGGGUUGGUUAUAAGGAGGGGCAACCUUCUAGGCGGCGCUGUAGAACUUGUGGAAAAGCUGGUCAUAGCGCGCGAACUUGNCGCGACAUGCGUGAGGCGGGGGUUGGUUAUAAGGAGGGGCAACCUUCUAGGCGGCGCUGUAGAACUUGUGGAAAAGCUGGUCAUAACGCGCGAACUUGUCAAGAAGUUAUAGAUAUAUCUAGUUCGUCAGAUAUAGAGAGCGAUAAU